AUCUCGCUAGGCCUGCCACGCACACUGACUCUUUGCACGGCCUCGAUUGCCGGACAUGAAACCGCCACUCUACCGCCAUUGGCCACUGCUGCUGCGAGCCUCCCUCCAAGACCAACCAAGAAGCCGCGCCCGCUGAAGGCGCUCGUAUUAUGUGUCUCCAAGUGGACCUUUGGCCUUGAUAGCUCGCGUCCCGGAGAUCACCUCAAACGUGGAGAUUGUCGCACAAUCCAGUCUCAUCUUCCAAUUGUCCAUGCAGCUCUAGGGGUAGCGAGACGCCGUGCUGAUGACGAUGAUGAUGGUGACCCUGUCGCGUAACAUUCUCAAGUCCUACCUCCGUAAGGUGGACGCGGCAGCAAGAGACUGAGAGAGAGACAGACACAGUGAGAGAGAAGCGAGAGAGGCGGUUUCGCGGUGAAGGUGUGAUGAGCACAGCAUGCGCCGGCUCUGGGGACCAGUUCAUUGAGCGCCAUGCUCACUGGCUGGGACGAGUCCGGAGGAUUUGACUGCAUCAGCACGAUUCACCCGCCAAGCACGGUGUAAUAACGGCAGCCACUGGUGAUGAGGCACGCGAGUGGACCACGGCACCGCCGCUACCGGUCUAGCGCAUCUGUGCAUUGUCAACCUCAGCUUCCGAGUUGGGCCAGCAGGAUGGACAUCCAAUUUCAGAGAUUGACCGCAUCCCUGAAACACGGACACCACACGCGCUGUCAACAAUAAUGUCCGCCACUAGUCUCACUCCCACUUGUUGCCAUUAUAUACCCUCCGCUUGACGCUCUCAUCUUGUUUGCUCUCCAUCCACUUUCGUUCAGCACAAUCAAGCCUGCCAACUCGCAUACCUAGUAAUACCCAACUACCCACACUCUUUUUCCAAGAACAACCACCCCAAAAAACCAAAAUCAAAAUGCGUUCCUCCACCAUGAUCUUCGGCCUCGCUGGCACCGCCAUUGCCUCAUACGCUCCUCCAUCUCCUCCAUCGUAUGGCGCUCCUCCAGCUCCUCCAGCUUACGAGGCUCCUCCGGCUCCUCCAGCCUACGAGGCUCCUUCGUCCAGCUCGGUGCCACCGAUGCCAGUCGAGACCACCUCGACCGUCGUGAAGACCAGCACCACUCCUGAGGCUCCUGUCUACAAGCCAACCAGCUCGAGCGUUGUCCCCCCUCCAGUCUACCCAACUGCCAGCAGCAGCUCGUCCAUGGAGCACCCACCAGUGUACAUGAGCUCGACCACCCCUGCCGCUCCAGUCUACCCCACCACGACUGCACCAGUCCACCCAACCACUGUCCAGACCUACGAGACUGUGUUCACCACCUACUGCCCAGAGCCAACCACCUUCACCCACGAGGCCAGCACCUACAUCGUCACCAAGGCUACCACCCUCACCAUCCCAGCUGUCCACACCACCACUGUCCCAGUCUCCAGCUCCACCUGGGUCUCCAGCAGCUCCUCUGUGCCAUACAGCCCAGUUGAGCCAUCCAAGCCAGUGCCAUACAGCCCAGUGGAGCCAUCUGCCCCAGCCUACACCAGCCCAUCGAGCCCAGUGGAGCCAUCCAAGCCAGCUGUUCCAUACUACCCAUCCAACAACACCACCAUGCCGGCACCUACCUACCCUGCUGGCACUGGCGCCAUGCCAUCUGCCACCAAGCCAGCCACCUACACUGGUGCUGCCGUGGCUAACGUCGCUGGCGGUGCUUUCGCUGGUGUUGCCGCCCUCGUUGCCUUCUUCUUGUAAAUUUAGAAUCGUCUAGCACCAAUAGACCUUUUUGAAUUUUCGCACAAUGGAGAAACUUCGACAUUGUGAGCAACGGGAGUUCCAGAAAAGAUGUUGACACACUUGGGACACAUUUCUUGUACAGUUUUAGCAGUUCCCACAGGCUGCGGAGCAAGGUACACAGAGCGACGCGACACUAAAGAAGUUUUAUUACAAACAGCAGCACAAGGAAAGGGGGGGGGGAAAGAGCGAAAUAUUUCUUGCAUCGACGCCACGAUUGAAACGUAGAACACCCCGGCCGGGACACGCAGUUGCAUCUUUAUUGGACACACGUGUGUGUUUGGUUCUGCUUCAAUUUAUUUGGUUGGUUCUUUCAUAUAUACACUACUACUAUUCGCUCGAGGUGGUAUAGGGUAGCAGCGAGUGGGGCGAUGUAUUUGCGAGGACUUUGCAGUUUUUUUCCCAUCUCCUCUCUCGGAGGAGGGAAGGAAAAUCCUGCUAGGUUCCAGACAGACAUUGCUUCAAUUUUAAUGUAAUAGAUUUGGCAGCAGGUUAUGAUACCC